AUGGCUAGCCCUUCCACCCGAAUGGAGACAGCCAGUCAUAUCUCGCUCACAAACUUCAGCCUGAGGGGCUCAAACCAAGACCUCGCCAGAGCACUCACCAAACAUGAGCCUCUGUUCGAAGCAAUCGCAACCUUCCCACAAGCGGGCAUAUAUGAGCGUUUUGAAAAGGUCAGGUGUCGUGUCUUGUUCUAUAUCGAACAUCAAAUUCACCAGCAGGAUGAUGAAGUGACAAAGCGGUUGGAAGAAAUUGCAGGAGGCUUGACAGACGGGAAAUCAGAAGAGCAGACGAAUAUUGAGCUGUCGGGAAAAAUGAACAAGCUUAUAGAGUUACUUGAGACUCAUUCACGCUUGUUCAAACAAGCUAAGAAGAUGGCACGAUCGGCUUCGCCACCUCCAACGCCAAUGUACGGCAAGCUUUUCAAAUCAAAUCAAAUAUUACACUAUCUCUACCGCCAAGCCCUCUCUCCUAUUGGUCCGGAUAUAAGCUGGCUAUUAAUUUAA